AUGGCGCCGAAAACUAAGAAGGAAGCCCCUGCCCCUCCCAAAGCCGAAGCCAAAGCAAAGGCUUUGAAAGCCAAGAAAGCGGUGCUGAAAGGCGUCCACAGUCACAAAAAAAAAAAGAAGAUCCGCACAUCACCUACGUUCCGACGACCCAAGAUUCUGCGUCUCCGAAGGCAACCCAAAUACCCUCGAAAGAGCGCCCCCAGGAGAAACAAGCUUGACCACUAUGCCAUCAUCAAGUUCCCCCUGACUACUGAGUCAGCCAUGAAGAAAAUAGAAGACAACAACACACUUGUGUUCAUUGUGGAUGUCAAGGCCAACAAGCACCAGAUCAAACAGGCUGUGAAGAAGCUCUAUGACAUUGAUGUAGCCAAGGUCAACACCUUAAUCAGGCCUGAUGGAGAGAAGAAGGCAUACGUUCGGCUGGCCCCUGACUAUGAUGCUUUGGAUGUUGCCAACAAAAUUGGGAUCAUCUAAACUGAGUCCAGCUGGCUAAAUCUAAAUACAGUUU